CCACCUUUCCUAUCAACACGCCAUCCGGAGAUCAAUUCAUUGAUUGGGCAAUUCUUCCUUCGCCGCACCCGCGCCUGCAGCAGCAGCAGCGGCGGUGGACAGCCGGAAGAGAGCAUAAGGGAGGAGAAAUUAGGAUUUGGGUUUGUGGGAGGGUAAGGAGGGGGAGCGGGGGAGGAAGAAGAAGAAGAAGAUGACGGGAAAGGCGAAACCGAAGAAGCACACGGCGAAGGAAAUUGCAGCAAAGGUUGACGCGGCGACGACGAACCGUGGCGGGGGUAAGGCGGGGCUUGCAGACCGGUCGGGGCAGGAAAAGGGUGGGCAUGCUAAGUUCGAGUGCCCCCUCUGCAAGGUAACUGCUCCCGACUUGAAGUCGAUGCAGAUCCAUCACGAAGCCCGCCACCCGAAGAUCCCUUUCGAAGAAUCAAAGCUCACCGAUCUGCAUGCCUCCAGCGCUGUCGAGACCUCCAAGGCCCGCCCAGGUGUUCGGGGAAGCUUCAAGAAAUAGGUGCUCCAGCUUUGGCCUUGCUAUUACUUAUAGCACUGUGAGCUAUUCGACGACCUCUCCUUUCCUUCCUGUUGUGUUUAGUAUUUGGUUUAACUUUUAAGGUGCCCUACUGUAUUAUUAUGAUGUUUGCUUGACUUCAUGUUGUUGUCGCUGCUACUAGCAAGAUCAUAUGUGAGAUUCUGUGUGUCUUGGUUAUCAGAGGACUUGAAUGUGAACAUUUUCACUAGUUUUCUUAACUGGUUGCUUGCUACUUGGUAAUGCGA